UUUUUAAAAGAUUCAUUUAUUUGAAAGGCAGAAUGACAGAGAGAGAGGGAGAGAGAUUUUCUGUCUGUUUGCCUCCCCAGGUGGCUGCAAAUGUCAGGGCUGAGCCAGGCCAGAGCCAGGAACCUGGAACUCCCUCCAGGUCUCCCUUUUGGUUGGCAGAGCACUUGGGCCAUCAUCCGCUGCUUUCCCACUCACAUUAGCAGGGAGCUGGAUUGGAAGCAGAUUGCUGGGUCACCAUCCAGUGCUCUGAUAUGGAGUGCCGGCAUUGCAGGCUGCGGCCUAGCUUGCUGCGCCACAACACCAGCUCCAGAAUCUUUAAUGUCCUUCCUUUCUUCUCAGUCUGGAGGUGCAGAAUCCCAGUUUCUUCUGGAGACCAUUGAAACAGGCAAGGCAGGGCUGAAGUAGUUUAAAAUGAUGCCAUCCUUUGGAAAAUUGCAAUCUGCAAUAAAGGCCACAUACAAAUGAUUUAUCAGAUUUCUAUGCUAGUCUUCUUGUAGGUUUCUCCAUUUCCAUUUCUCUAAUAGCUUCAUGCAUUUCUCAUCCUAUUUCACAGGCUUUCUGUUCUCUGCAGUAAAUAACACCAGAUAGACAUGUGUCAAAAUAUAUGCAUUAUUCACCUUGGGGGCGUUUUUCAGUCCUGUCAUCAUCCCCAGGAACUACUGAAUCAGAGAAGUAGGGUGGUUCUGAAAGAGUAGGCAUUGUUUUUUUAAGUUGUUUUGUUGGAACCAGAGGAAGAGCAAAGUUUUCCUAUCUGCAAAAUUAUCAAUAAUCCUUGGAUUAAGUGCCUACUCCCCAUAAGCAGUGAUGCCUCCUGUACAGCCAAUUAUAUCAAUGAGGAGACACCACCCCUGAAUUGGCAGUGUCACGCUACAUCAACUCCCACAAAACCCACUUCCUUUCCAGCAAAUAGAAAACAACCGAGAACAUGAAUUCGUUGUCAGCUCUGAAGACUGAAGGAGGAGGGUGCGUGCUUCUGGCAAACAUGAAGUCAGACCUUUGGUAUUUCUUUCUCUUCUGCUUCCAGGUUGAAGUUCUAACGGGAGAAAUCAAUGACUCUGCCAAGUAUGAGAUGUUUACAUUUCACAAUGGAGGUGUUCAAAUUGUAUGCAAAUACCCCGAGAUUGUCCAGCAAUUCAAAAUGCAGCUACUGAAAGGGGAACAAGUCCUCUGUGACCUCAGGCAGACAAAGGAAAGUGGAAACACAGUGUCCAUUAAGGCUCUGAAAUUCUGUCAAUAUCAAUUAUUCAACAACAGCGUCUCUUUUUUUCUGUAUAAUUUGGACAGUUCUCAUGCCAGCUAUUACUUCUGCAAACUAUCAACUUUUGAUCCUCCUCCUUUUCAAGUAGAGAUUCUUAGAGGAGAAUAUUUGCAUAUUUAUGAAUCACAGCUCUGUUGCCAGCUGAAGUUCUGGUUACCCAUAGGAUGCGCAGCUUUUGCAGUAGUCUACAUUUUUGGAUGUGUAUUUAUUUUCUGGCUUACAAAAAAGAAGUAUCAGUCCAGUGUGCAUGACCCGAAUAGUGAGUACAUGUUCAUGGCAGCAGUGAACACAGCUAAAAAACCUACACCGCCAGAACUCUCUGGCACCCGGGCGUGACACACAUUGGCCGGUUCCCCCCAACUUGAAGUGAGAGUCCCUUGUUUCCUGGACUACAGAGUUCGACUUGACUUGAUUGGACCACAUCCAUCUCCUGCUGGUGUUUUGUUCAAUCUGGGCCAGUGACUCCAAAAGCCAGCAGGAUUUGCAUAGAUUUCCUUGGUGCUGCUGCUUUCUUUCAGAACAAACACCUUCUUGCAACUAGCUUUAUAGAAAGUCCAUCUCAUGUGCGCUCAACAAACACACCUCACUGGGAAGGAAUCCCUGUGUCCAGGCCCACUCCUAGCAAUGCACCACCCAGUAAAACAAGUGUCUUUUUUUUUUCUUUAAAGAUGCCAAAAAUGAACUUAAUCUGCAAAGAAAAUGGACAGCCAAGAGCCAGCAUCUGUCUGCACUUCACUCACUUCACUAACAGACCCUCUUCUUUCUAUGGGGUUUGGCAUUCCUUUUAAAAAUCAGGCAAUAGGAAGAGAUGUUUCAAAACUGUAGCUAUCUUAUCUCUCAGGUGUUCACAUAGGCUCUACUGUCCUAAUACAUUAAUACCUACAGUACUGUCUCCCGAUUUUUGAAACCCAGUUGACCCAUCAGUAAGAGUUAGAUGCCUUCUUUUGCCCCUGAUUUUCUUUCUGUAAAUAGUUUUACCCAACUACUUGAAAGCCUGCAGUCACUAUGAAUAGGGAGCUAUAAAUACCUACACUUUUUCACUUUGAUGUGCAAUAGAAGUGUAUAUGUAUGUAUAUUAGGAUACAUCAAAAAUUUGUGGAAAAAAAAGAAAAGUUUAUUUUGUUAAAACAUUUUGUUACACCCAUGCGUGGUAUUUUCCUCGAGUGCAUUUUUCAUGAACUUUUUGAAGAGCAACUCAUUUGCAUGGGUUUCAACAUUUGGUUUUCAACCAAAAUAAACACAUCUUUUACUUCCACUUGCCAUACCUUUUAAAACUGCCCCUGUAUAUGUAUACAUCUAUUUAUACAUGAUCUAAUUUGGUUAUAUUCUCCCUAUAAGGAUAUUUUUGCUCCAAAAAGUUAUCUAAUUUCCCCCAAAUUCAGUUAAAAUGAUUUACUUUGUUGACGUUAGUGGCAGGGAACAUUGCUCUGAGUCAAAAACAAUUCAUUUUAUUAUCUUGUUUUCUACCAUGAUGCAUGUGUUCAUGGUGCUAUUAGUUACAAAGUUUGCUAUUUUUAUAGAUCAUAUUAAAAUCACAAACAAAUAAAAACAUCUAUAAUUGGCAAGCAUUCUCCUGGGGGCAGACCGAAUUAUCCAUUUAGUCUGAAAGCUGCAAGAACUGGAGGUUACUGCCAAACUAUAGCUGCGGUGCCUCUGGGCCUACCAGGUCCAAAGGAUCUCAUUCAGCCCAACACAGCCCUGCAGACCAGGGUGGAAUUCGAGGUCUGACAGACACCCCUGAGCAAGGGGCAGCCAGCUCCUCCGCCCUCCCCGACCCCGAGGCCGCAGUUACCCCGGGAAUCAGAGUGCAUCUGUCUGCCUUUGUGAAAGCAUAAUUCCCUCCCAUAGGACCCCCUUCAGCCUGGAGCCUGGCUCUGGUUUGGCAGGGGCAUCUUUAGAAUCAGAUUUGGCUUCCUACAUCCAUGUUAACAUGUGAUUAUUCUCUCUGCCACUUUCUGCAUGCCCAGGGCUUCUGCAGCAGCCCAUGGGUGUGCAGCAACACUGUAAACUUUAGAUAAAAUGGUGUUAUUUAGGAGUUUUCAAAUAUGUACUUGCCUGCUAAUAGUUUACUUUCAAAGUGAGACCCGAUAUGUCAUUAUACAUACUUACAUUAUUUUAAGCAUGUGUAAUGCUAGAUGUGUACAGUAUAGUACUGAAUGUGUAAUUUGAAUCAAGUGUGAUGUUCUCUGUUCAACCUGGAUGGCCUUGCAGAGAUGGCCCCUGUGUUACUUGCAGCUUGUUGCGUGGCAGCUGGGGGAUGGGGAGAACGACCUCCGUGGUGGCCCCUAGGAUCUCAUGAUCCCACGCUAUGCCUUGAGGCAUUCUCAUCCCCAGCACUGGACAUUUCCAAGUGAAUUAUUACAGAACAGAAUUUCUGUGAAAUGGAAACUGUUUGUCAGAGCAGCCACUUACGGAGUAGAUUUUAGCAACAGUAGGAAGUUAAAGAAUAAACGUCUGAUAUUCAGCAACUGAAAGUACCUCACAGUGUUUUCUUGGGGCAGGGAGCGGAUUACCUUAGCCAGCACUUGCGAAUUUGACUUUGUUCUCGAUGAGAGUUACAUGGGUUAAACCAGUUACUUUUUCAUUUUGAAGUAACCACAAACUUCUAAAACAGUUGGAAGCAUAGCCAAAGGACUAUGCUUUUCCUGUUUCUGACUAAAUGUCCUAUCACCUCGGAAAAGUACUUGCGUGUACACUGUCCUCUGUAACUACUAUACAGUCAUCAACACCAGAAGAUCGAUGUUGACACAUUGCUACCUCUAACCCUCAGAUGGCAUUCGAGACUUACAGAUUGUCUCCACUAUGUCUUUUGUUGCCAAAGAGUCACUUCAGAAUCUCCCUUAGCAUUUAGUCGCUAUGUCUCUAGUGUCCUUAAGUCUGGACAGUUCCUCAGUUUAAACUCAUGGCCUUCACCCCGAUGGAGUUCCAGGCUCCUGGCUUUGGCCUGGUCUGUCCCCAGCCAUUGUGACCAUUUGGGAAAUGGACCGGCAGAUGGAAAAAUCUCUUUUUCUCCUUCUCUGUACCUCCUCCCUCUAUCUGUAACUGUGUCACAUAAAAUAAAUAAAUCCUUAAAAAAUAAAAAAAAUAGUCUUCAUGGCCUUGGUAGUUUUGAACAUUACAAAUAGUUAUUUUGUAGAAUAUCACCUGUUUGAGUCUUUGCUUUCUUCAUGAAUAAAUCACAUUAUUCAUCUUUGGCAGAAAUAGCACAAAGUAGUGUUGUACUCUUUUGGUUGUGUCCUAGGGUAGCUCAUAAUUUUGACUUGUUACACUACUCUUCAUAUUCUUUGAAAUCACUUGA